AUGCGCUGUGAAGAAUUACCAUUGAACUUGGUGGAUACUCCUAAACCAUUGGUAGUUCCUCCUGUGUUACUACAGGUGUAUACUCCUAAACCAUCAGCAGUUCCUCCAGUGUUACUACUGGUGUAUACUCCUAAACCAUCGGCAGUUCCUCCUGUGUUACUACAGGUGGAUACUCCUAAACCAGCAGCAGUUCCUCCAGUGUUACUACAGGUGGAUACUCCUAAUCCAUCGGCAGUUCCUCCGGUGUUACUACAGGUGGAUACUCCUAAACCAUCUGCAGUUCCUCCAGUGUUACUACAGGUGGAUACUCCCAAACCAUUGUCAGUUCCUCCAGUGUUACUACAGGUGGAUACUCCUAAACCAUCGGCAGUUCCUCCAGUGUUACUACAGGUGGAUACUCCUAAACCAUCGGCAGUUCCUCCAGUGUUACUACAGGUGGCUACUCCUAAACCAUUGGCAGUUCCUCCAGUGUUACUACAGGUGGAUACUCCUAAACCAUUGGCAGUUCCUCCAGUGUUACUACAGGUGGCUACUCCUAAACCAUUGGCAGUUCCUCCUGUGUUACUACAGGUGGAUAUUCCCAAACCAUCAGCAGUUCCUCCUGUGUUACUACAGGUGGAUACUCCCAAACCAUUGGCAGUUCCUCCUGUGUUACUACAGGUGGAUACUCCCAAACCAUCGACAGUUCCUCCUGUAUUACUACAGGUGGAUACUCCCAAACCGUCGGCAGUUCCUCCUGUGUUACUACAGGUGGAUACUUGUAAACCAUCGGCAGUUCCCCCUGUGUUACUACAGGUGGAUACUCGUAAACCAUCGGCAGUUCCUCCUGUGUUACUGCAGGUGUAUCCUCCCAAACCAUCGGAAGUUCCUCCUCUGUUACUACAGGUGGAUACUCCCAAACCAUCGGCAGUUCCUCCUGUGUUACUAGAGGUGGAUACUCAUAAACCAUCAGCAGUUCCUCCUGUGUUACUACAGGUGGAUACUCCCAAACCAUCGGCAGUUCCUCCUGUGCUGACUACCUUGUAG